UCUUUUGUCUGCUAGUUUGGUACAUAUCAGAGCAAACUUUUCAUCAAUUGAAUUCAUCUAAUAUGUGCAAUUUCUAUAUAUUUAUAUUAGCCAAACCUACUCUAUUUUCUUAACCAAACAACCAUGGCUAAGGUUAUUGAGCAAUGCCAAGUUGCACCAUCUACUGGCAGUGCAGCUGAGUUGACACUCCCUCUUACUUAUUUUGAUCAUAUUUGGUUAACUCUUAAUCGUGUCCGUCGGGUUUUAUUCUACAAACUCCCUAUUUCCAAAUCGGAAUUCGCCCAAAAUAUUAUUCCUCUUAAAGAUUCACUCUCCCUCACUCUCAAACACUAUAUGCCCUUAGCGGGCAACAUUGUUUGCCCGCUUGAUUCAAGUGGUUAUCCUGAAUUGCGUUAUGUAACAGGAGAUUCUGUAUCUGUUACCAUUUCUGAGAGUGAUGCGGAUUUCAAUUUUCUUAUUGGUAACCAUCAAAAAGAUGUAAAGGAUCUUUAUUCCUUUGUUCCUCUAUUAGGAGAACCUAAGGAUGCACCCGGGGUCCAGUUAGGCCCCGUCUUCGCCAUUCAAGUGACACUUUUUCCGAAUCAUGGCGUAUCUAUUGGUUUCACCAACCAUCACGUACUGGGUGAUGGUGCUACCAUAGUAGGGUUCAUAAAGGCUUGGGCUUUGCUUAACAAAUUCAAUAGAGAUGAACAACACUUAGCAAAUGAGUUCGUUCCAUGUUAUGAUAGGUCAAUAAUCAAAGACCCUUAUGAACUUGGGAAGUUAAUGUGGGUCCAAUUAAGGAAUAACUUUACCAUAGAGAUGCGUGACGUUAUGAACCCUUCUAAUAAGGUUCAAGCUACAUUUAUUAUAAGAAGGGAUGACAUAGAGAAGCUCAAGAAUCUAAUAUUGUUAAAAAAGUCGAAUCCAAUUCAUGUAACAUCUUUUACAGUCACAUGUGCUUAUGUAUGGACUUGCUUGAUAAAAUCACAGGACGCAAUUGGAGACCAAAUCGAUGAGAAUGGGAUGGAAUUCUUUGGAUGUGCAGCGAAUUGUAGAGCGCGACUCGAUCCACCACUUCCGUCAUCUUAUUUUGGAAAUUGCAUAGUAGCAUACAUCACAAAAACAAGACAUGUAGACUUAGCUGGAAAUGAAGGCUUUACAACCGCUGUGGAAUUAAUUGGAGAAACCAUUCAAAAAAGGGCAAAGGAUGAGAAAUUUGUUCUGACUGGAGAGUGGUUCAAAGAACUUAUGGCUGUAGACACGAAUCGAUUACUUUCAAUUGUUGGAUCGCCAAAACUUGACUUAUAUCAGGCAGAUUUUGGUUGGGGAAAGCCAGAAAAAUAUGAGUUUGUUGGACAUGACGUUGAGAAGAAUGUAUCGAUGUCACUUGGUAAGUGCAAGGACUUGGAUGGAGCUUUAGAGGUUGGUUUGUGGUUGCCCAAAACUCGAAUGGAUGCUUUUGCUACUAUAUUCACCCAGGGACUCCAUUUCUAGUAGCAAAUUUGACGAAAAUUAUGUUUCCACCACUAGUUGGACUUACAUUUAUAUGUUGUACUAGUUGAAUUAAGAUGAUUGUAGUCGUAAUAUUUUGACACUUUGGUACCAGCCGAGCUAUGAUGAAUCUGUUUUUGGAAAUGAUAAUUGGUGUAUUUAAGUUGAUUUCG